AUGGAGGAAGCCCACGCGCAGGUAUUCUUCCGUCAGAAGAGUAGGGAAAGAAGCAACGCCACCAUCCGGAUUCCUGAGGUCUACCACGCUUUUAAAGUAGGCGGAGGCAGGGGCGGGGGCAGGGGAUAUACCUACAUAGUCAUGGAGCAUAUUGAAAUCGACUUUGAGAGAACUGCGUCGGAUGAACAGAGAGCACAAGCCAUUUCUGAGUUGAUCAGUAUCCCACCGCCGCCUGGUGUCUUUGGGAGCUUUAGUGGUGGCACCUACAGGCAUCAUUUCUUCGAAGACGGCGAGCCUCCUGUUCCGUUUUCCUCCGCCGCAGAACUCGAAGAGUAUAUCAAUAGAUGCCUAGAAUGGUACAACGGUGUCACUGGGAGACAAGAUAAGGUGGAUUUCAGUACCGAACCGCUUCUAUGCUACUAUGCAGAUGUGCACCCAAGCAAUUUUCCUAUCGAUAAGUACGGCCAGCUCUGGGUGAUCGAUUUUGAGCAAGCCGGAGUUCUUCCUUCGAGCUUCAUGAGUUAUGCGAUCGCUGCGCAUCCUAAAAAGCGCCUGCCAGUCCAUAUCAGAAAAACAAUCCAAUUGCCAAAGUCAUCGAACCUGGGGCCCCUAGGUCGUGCCACCUAUGUGGUCAAGACUAUCCAUAAUGACUUUCAUAUCCCCGGGACAAUCGCAUAG